AUGCGUCGAGAUCUUCGGAGCGUGAUCCAGUCGUUUCAGUAUGAUGAUGUGGCAGAGGUUGCACAGGUGAGUCGAGUGGAAAAGGUGGCCAAGAACGGCCUACUGAGAGCUGCAAAGUCUCGUGAUAUCGCUGUAGAGAAGGGUGGUGAUGGAAGUGAGGCUAGAGAGUCCAACUCCAGUGCGCAUGGUGAGAAAAUUGACAAGUUGAGUGUGAAAUCCAGAAAAAGUAUAAAACGGUCUGGGAAAAGUAAGGUUCGCUCGACCAACUCCAUUCAGAAUUAUGACUCUCUCUUGGACUUACAGCCUAUGAUCAGCUCCGACAUCAGUCUUCUCUUCGUGGGGUUCAAUCCAGGUGUAGAAUCGUCUCGCCAGCAACAUCACUAUGCUCAUCCCACCAACUUAUUUUGGAAAUUAUUCAACGCACUGGAUGUGUUGACAAAGGUGUUGGAUUUUCGAAGAGAAAAACUGAAUGGCGGCCGGAGUAUGGACGAUGACGUUUUUCUCAAUCUGAUCUUUCAGAAUGGAAAACUGACUGCUACAGCUCAAAAUGAUAACCAAUUGGUGUCAUAUGGAGUGGGAUUCACGGACUUGGUGCUCCGUUGUACGAAAACAGCCCAGGAGCUUUCAAGGCAAGAGAAGCUCGACAACGUUCCUCGACUCUUUUCAGAGUUUGCCCAGUCGAACGCUAAAUGGAUCGUUGUGAUAGGCAAGGGUAUCUGGGAGUUCAUUGUCAAGUACGUCAAUCCCAGCUUCAAACUCACUAAGGAGACCUUCCAGUGGGGACUCCAGAAGGGUCUGUUGGUGAAAGAAAUCCAUAGACAAUGUGGAACAGAGUUCGGAAUCUACGUAUUUCCAAAUACUUCGGGCUUGGUGGCCCUGAUGAAAUACCAGGAUAAGUUGGCACUAUGGGAAGAUUUGGCUGGCUCCAUUAACUAA